GUGACAGAGCAGAAGCGGGCGGAAAUGGCGUGAAUCAAGCGCAAGGAAGCCUGGAUGGCGCGCCAAAUUUCAAAGGACUUCCUGGGGGAAAAGAACGCGAAAAUCUCCGUUCAGCAAACAACGACGUUUAAAUUGGACAUAAAUUAUCCAAAGACUAAAGUAUAUAGACAGUUUGAAACAAUCGGCGGCGUUAGCAUCAUAUUUAGACAGUGGAUAAGAGUUCAAGUGCGCCAGAUUUGAGCCACUUUUGUGGAGCUAUGGGCAACUUUGAUGGGGGCCACAAUCUGAACUCAUCAUGAGAGGCCACAGUGAUCAGGGCCUGGCCGUAGCCUUUCUGCAAUUCUGACUGACAUCAUAAGAGAAACUGCUGAUGCACAACCACAUUUCGAAUUGCAUCGGUGUCUUCUAACUCUCAACGAUUGAACCACCUCAAGCUUCUAGCUCCCAGCCUUUUACAUGUCAAUUUAUGAAUUAGUUAGCUUAGUCAAAUGUACACGGCCUUACAACUGAUAUUUCGGUGACAUUACUCAGCAAAUAACCGUGCAGGUUAUAGAUUGUAUACGAUAUGUUUGACUGUUAAAAACGAGAGUUUUAAUGUUUAAUCUGUUCAAAUUCAUUCAACACCACAUACUAAGAACCAAGCUUUUACCAGCAUUACAGACAGCUUUUUUUGUUAACACAUUCACUGACUUAUGUGCUAUUUAAGCAAUGGAAAGCUCUAUGUAAGAAAGUAGCUGUUACUGACUGGGGUGGGGAUCGGUUAGGUGUGGCCAUGCUGUCCGGCGUCCAGCCGUGUUUCCAGCUGCUGAGAAUCGGCUCGUCCUCUACGGAUUCAGCCCGGGACCUGUACACGUUCCGGCCUGCGCUGACCCACUCCGUGUUCCGGCUGGGCCGUGAGGCAGAGCUGUGUGACGUCACACUGGACUCGACGUCUGUGUCUCGGAUCCACGCCGAGCUGCAUGCUGAGAGGGAAGCGGAGGGAGCAGCCGAGGGGGGCUGGAAGGUGCAGAUAAAGGAUCGGAGCAGCCAUAGUACCUGGGUGAAUGAGGUCCGGCUGCAGCCAGGUGUCCAAUGGGAGCUUUCAGAUGGUGACACGCUUACCUUCGGUGGCCAAUCAGAGAGAGGGAGCCCAGAGUUCUACUUCCUCUUCCAGAAGGUUAGCGUGCGGCCGUUGGACUUCGACGCCAUCACCAUCCCAAAGGCCGGCACCUUCUCCUCCGACCUGAAGAACCGAAUCAGAACGAGCCUGGACCGCAAGGCGGUGGCCAACUUGGAUCUCAACAGGGCGACCGUCAUUCUGAAUUCCAUCGGAAGCCUGAGCAAGAUGACUGGGACUCCUUGGACGUUUAAGAGGAGGUGUGACGGCAAUAUCACAGACGCAAGCUCCACCUUCUUUCCUUUUACAUCCUUGGUUCCGCCCUCCACCCCUCCUCCCUUUCCACCCACUACCUCUGUGGUCUCAUCCAAGUCACUCCCGCCCUCAUCCAAGAGCAGGCGCAAGUCAGCCCACACUGUCCUUCUGGAGGAUGACAGCUCGGAUGAGCCCGGGAACCACCGACGAGUGAAAGACGGACCGAGUGGGACGAAGAGAAGGCGCCUCUACAAGUCCGAAUCUGAGGGUUUCCACGCUCAUUUACCCAAAACGGACCAGGAUGUACGACGCCAGUUUGAACUGAAACGCGUGCCUGUGCCCAAACCGGUCGCAAACUGUCACACCAUCGUCGCUAACGGCAAACUCAACCAUGUUUCCUUCGACAUCCGUCAGAGGCGGGAGAUUGACCCAAACAAUCAAAGAACUGGCCCAAAUGUGAACGUCUCUGUGUUUCGCCAGCAGAAUAUUUUUCCGCCGCCAUCCUCUGGGCGGGGAAGGCAACGGGCUCACAGCUCCCCAGUUUACUCCCCUGUGGUGGUGGGAGGAAAAACUUACACCCUGGGGUCUCCAUCCUUGAGGAUCUGCAAAGAGGAUGGAGGACGGGCAGGGCAGUUUGCCAGAUUUCACAUCACCUCUGGCAAGCAGCGGGGCAGACCAAGGAAGCACCCUCCUCCGCGGCCCUCCCUUCCCCCUCCUUCCUCUUCGUCUUCCUCCUCCUCCUCGUCGUCCUCUUCGAGCUCCUCCUCGUCGUCCUCCGAAGACGAGGUGGAGGGAGUGUCCCAGGGGGUGGAGCCGUGUGCCGCGCCUCGCUGCCGCCUGCCCCAGCAGGACACGGUGCAGUGGGUCCAGUGUGACGACUGCGACGCCUGGUACCACCUGGACUGCCUGCACCGCGACCGCAAGAACCUCCUGCUGGACCCCAACGCAGACUUCCAUUGUGGCUGCUGCUGAUACAGCAGGAGUGGGUCACAGACCCCUACACCAGAGUACACUUAAUGCCUUAAUCAUACCACAAUGAAUUAUGGGGGGGGGGAUACAUUUUAUUCUUGUAUAAUGGGAAUUGUAUGGUCAAAAUAGAUGUACAGUGUUUGUUGAGGUAAAAAAAAAAAAAAAAAGUUGCGACUGAGGCACUUAUGAACAGUAGGAUGGGUUCGUACCUAAUGGUUAGAGGCUGCUCUUAACUGACAUUUUUCAAAGUGCUCAUCUAAGCUCACUCUGAUGCUGAGCAACGGUUUGAGGAAUUACAAUGAAAGCAUGUACUUGGGUUAGCUGGUGGUAACCCCGGGGACUGAUAUGAACUGAACUAUUUUAGCCGCACACAGGCUACUCUGGUGAACAGUACAAGUCUCGAAACGAGUUGGCUGACAGUGACGGGCUGCAGGUUUUCUAACUUCCUGUACGAAGCACUUUCAUAUUGGGUUGUGAAUAAACCCUGCUGUUGAUGGGGCUAAAUGAAGGUGGUAUUGGGAGAAUUCGACAAAUUCUUAUCUGCCGUAACAAUGUGCAUCGCAAGGCUCUCAUCACACAAUGGGAUCUCCUUGAGCUUGAUUCUAUCCCGUGCGGUAAAGAUGUCCACUCAAAAAAAGUUGAGCGUGGGUUUUCUGCGUUCAUUCUCUGUUGUGUUGACGCCGACUUUAUUUUGUUCUUCUGUCUGAUGACUUCGAUUCAUAUAUCUAACGAUGUAUCGGUCCAAAACACGACGAGAUUUCAGCUGUGGAGCAGGGACUGCCAAAACCUCCUGCGGGGUUUUGUUCCCGCCCUACUAUAGCUCACCAGUUGCUCCUUCGGGAUCUUGAUUGGCUGACGUAGGACGGCUGGAGUAAAAGCCGGCUCCAGGAAGGAGGGUUUGCUACACCUGAUGUAUGGUCACAAAAGACUUCACGCCGUCUUCACUUUGAUGAUUAUAAGAUCAGCUCGCGGGAGAGCGUUACAGUUUGGAUGUUUUCUCAACGUUAUUAGGGAAAAAAUAAAAUCUAUUUAAAAAUG